UUUCUAUUUCAUUUUUAAUAAGACAUAGGGUUUAUAAUUAGUUGUUUUAAUUUGUUCGGGAUUGUAAAUCACAAAAAAUGGUUUGGGAAAAAGUUGCUUCUCGUAUCUUAUCGACUGUAAAGAUAUCCAAUCCAAGUGUUAUCGCUCGAAGAGGUUAUGCUGCGGCGUCCACAGAUUUGAAAGAAGUAUUAACCAAUCUUAUACCAGAGAAGCAAAAGGAAAUUGUUGAAUUUAGAAAAGAAUUUGGAAAUGCUAAAAUAGGAGAUGUCACUGUUGAUAUGGCAUAUGGAGGAAUGCGUGGAAUCAAAGGCAUGGUAUGGGAAACAUCGGUUUUAGAUCCAGAAGAAGGAAUUCGAUUCAGAGGAUACAGUAUUCCCGAGUGUCAAAAGCUACUUCCUAAGGCUGAAGGAGGCAAUGAACCCUUACCUGAAUCACUUUUUUGGCUGUUGGUCACUGGUGAAAUUCCUACCAAAGAACAAGCAAAUGCUUUGAGCAGGGAAUGGGCCAAGCGAGCUGAACUUCCACAACAUGUUGUUAAUAUGUUGGAUCAACUACCCAGUAAUGUACAUCCAAUGUCUCAGCUUGGAGCCGCUAUCACAGUUUUAAAUACAGAAUCACAGUUUGCUAAAGCGUAUGCUGAAGGGGUCAACAAGCGUUUAUAUUGGGAAUUGGUUUACGAAGAUACUAUGAAUCUUAUUGCCAAACUUCCUCCAAUUGCAGCAAAAAUAUAUCGCAACUUAUAUAGAGAUGGAAGUCCAAUAGGAACCAUUGAUGAAAAUGCUGACUGGUCUCUCAACUUCUGCAGGAUGCUUGGUUAUGAAAAUGCGAAUUUUAUUGAGCUAAUGCGUCUUUACCUUGUAAUUCAUUCCGACCACGAAGGAGGAAAUGUUAGUGCCCACACUUCUCAUCUUGUUGGAAGUGCCCUGAGUGAUCCAUAUCUGUCUGUUGCAGCAGCAAUGAAUGGACUUGCAGGACCUUUGCAUGGACUUGCCAACCAGGAAGUUCUUGUCUGGCUCACAGGCGUUGUGAAAGAGCUUGGAACCGCUGAAGUAUCUGAUGAUGAGUUGUACAAAUAUAUCUGGAACACACUGAAAAGUGGCAGAGUCGUUCCAGGCUAUGGUCAUGCAGUAUUGCGCAAGACAGAUCCUCGCUACACCUGUCAACAAGAAUUUGCACUGAAACAUCUUCCAGAUGACAAAAUGUUCAAAUUGGUUGCUCAACUUUAUAAAAUUGUUCCUGGUAUUUUACUCGAACAAGGAAAAGCAAAGAACCCAUGGCCAAAUGUGGAUGCACACAGUGGAGUUUUGCUUCAGCACUAUGGAAUGACAGAAAUGUCAUAUUACACUGUGCUUUUUGGAGUUUCAAGAGCGCUUGGAUGUCUGUCACAAAUGAUUUGGAGCAGGGCUCUUGGUCUCCCGCUUGAAAGACCAAAGUCAAUGAGUACGGAAGGAUUAAUGAAAUUAGUGAAGAAAUGAACAAAUUAUUGCCCAUUGCCUCAGGAUAUUUAUGUUACAAGUUUUUGGUUGAUUUUUCAGUUGCGAGUGUUCCAAGUUUUUCGUGUCUAUUGUAUUGUCUAUGUAUAGCCUACUCUUAUAAUCUGUGCAUAUAUGGCCUGAAACUAUAAUUUAGCUCCUCUUUCCUGAUGGUUCAAUAAAUUAGAUGAUUUACAAUGAAA